AGCCAGUGAGAAGUUUAGGAUUGUCCACGUGAUUUUCAGCAGCUAGCUAACCUUUCGUGCGUCGACGUACACAGCUGACUAACAACAACCACAUCAGAAAUAUGUCAUUUUGAUCAAUUAUCUUUCGUAUGACAGCAAGCUAGCUAGCUAGCUAACGUAAACUGUCUGUGUUAGCUAGCUAACUACGCGUUAGCCACUGAAGUUAGCUGACAACCGCUCAUAGCAUCACCGAUUGACUGGUUAACCGUCAACAUGGCAAAGCAUAAAACCUCUGAAAAAAAUAAUAUAAUCGAAGUUGAUGAAGUCAGAGAAGAUGGCGAGAUGAAUCCUUUCUCCUUCAAGGAGUUCAUCCGCAGUAAAAACCAGUACCCAGAUAUGAAAGGGGAUCCAGAUGAGAAGAAUUACUCAACGCGAAAGAAGGCAUAUGGGAGCACAUUCCUGGCAGAGGGGGAAUAUACUGCCCCAAAGAGCUUCGAUCAAGAUUUCCAGGGUCAGUUUUACAUGGACCACACACCGUUUCCUCAGUUUCUGGAAAAUGACACUAAGGAGGAGUGGGCUGGGAGUUACCAGCCAUCAGCCAUUGAGGAGGCACAUGAGUUUGGACUGUGUGGCACUGCAGCAGCAGACAGCAGCACAUGCUCUGGUCAGUCCUCCCUGUGCACAGAGGAAGAAGAGGAGACUUCAACCUCCCAAUGGCAGGUGGAUGAAGAGUUCUCACCAGAGGCCCACCAGUCCAGAAGGGCCCCAGUGAAUUAUGAGGGAGAUGACGAGACAUCAAUGGCAGAGCUCACCUACAAGACCAAGAAGAGUAGUACCGAGAAUGGCAAUAGGGAUCAACAAAAGCUGAGGGAGGAAAAUGCGCAGCUCAGGAAGCACAUUAAAGAUCUUGUGAAAAAGUCUGAGUAUGAUGAUCGAAGAAUUCGACACGUCACAGAUGAGUUGCACAAGAGAAGACUGCAGGAAGAGAAGGAGGCUCAGGCUUUAGAGACCAUGGUUCAUUCCGUCGAGCAGAACCUGCAGUUAAUGACCAAACGAGCAGUUAAGGCUGAAAACAUUGUAUCAAAACUCAAACAGGAGCUGCAUCAAUUACAGGGCCAAGUAGAGGGGUACCGGUAUGAGAAUGAGAGACUUCGAGCCGGAGAGACAGCUGCCUUAAAUACAAUGAAACAUAAUGCGCAAGUGGCCUCGGAGUACCUUAACAAAGCAGCACUCAAUGCAGAGACUUCCAUCAAGCAAUUACUUACAAGCGCAGAGAGUCUUUGUCUAGUAUCUCAACUGCUGCAGUCCAUCGACAACCUAUCUGAGAUUCACAAUGAAGGCUGAUGGAGUUUAAAGGACACUAGAGAUUUCUGAUCUAGUACCAUCCAGCAACAAGGAACUGGAAAACAACUAUGGUGUGUCACACAACACUCAAACGAGAAUUUGAAGUUGUGGUGGGUGCACUGAUUUGUGACCCCCCCCC